GCGAAGUUGACGUAAGCGAAUUCGCGUCACUGUAGUCUGCAGGCGUGGGAGUCCAGCCCCGUAGAGACGACAGCCCAAUCCCGCACCGCAACCCCGGCGGUAAUGCAUCGCCACUACGCCGUCCUGCUCCGCCGCGCCGCCGCCCUGCCGUCGCUCCCCCUCGUGGCGUCCCUCCACGCGGCGGCGCUGCGCCGAAGCGCCGUGCUGGCCCCCUCCCUCAUCCACGCCUACUCCGCCUGCGGCGACCUCGCCUCCGCGCGCAAGCUGUUCGACGAAUUGCCGCCCCAGCAGCGGACGCUCUCCGCGCGCACGGCGCUGGCCAGCGCGAUGUCCGCGCACGGCCGGUGCCGGGAGGUCCUCGGCCUAUUCGUCGGGCCGGAGGAGGGGGAGGAGAUGGACGACAAGGCGGUGACCGCGGUCCUCGCCGCGUGCGCGAGGGCCGGGAUGGUGGACGAAGGGAGGAGGGUGUUCGCGACGGUGAGGCGGCCCGCGCUGCAGCACUACACGUGCAUGGUGGAGCUGCUGGGGCGCGCCGGGGAGGUCGAUGAGGCGGAGGUGCUGGUGGCGCGGAUGGAGGCGCGCCCGGACAGGGUGAUAUGCGCGGCGCUGCUCGCCGCGUGCCGGGUGCACGGCCGCGUCGAUGUGGCUGAGAGAGUGCACGGGUUGAUGCGCCACCAUGGCAUUGCGUGAGCUUUGCACUACAGUCUGAGUAUAGUGACUGCACAAUGCAGUUCAACCUAAAAUCGUCUCAGCCUCCCACUGCUGUGUCUUUUUGAAGCUGACAAGUCCUGACAACUGAAGCUGAUAAGAAACUGACAGGAUGCUGGACAUGGUUGUUCUUCAAGCGCAUUCUUUCUGUAGUGCAGCAACCCCCGAUAGUGCAAUGUUUGCAGUCUGAGGCUCCAUUUCAGAGUGGGGGAGAUUAUUUCAGGUUUCUUUGGGAAUUGAAUUGUUUCUUGUGAAAUUCAAACGGCGCUGGCAUACUUCUGCUGGCCCAGAGAAAAAAAUGCGGGGCUUGUGUGAUGAGUUGUGACCAUCGCAUGAAGCCAUGAACACUUCAGAUCAUCUUAUAUCUAUGCUCCUACUGACCUAUGUGGUUCAUAAAUAAGAAACGGAUGGUUAAGAUGGUAACCCUUGUUACCGUUGUUCUCAGAGUUUCAAGUAAUGAAGGACAGUGUGAAUGGACUGGAUGCCAAGCUGGUGAAAAUAAGGAAUUUAACAAGGUUAUAUUUUGGCAGUGAAUUUAACCAGUCAACCAACUGAAGUCAUUUCGUUGUUGCCUGAUGGCUUCUGGCUAUGUAUGGAUGCAUACUUUGGCAUCGUGCACACUGAAUAGAUUGUGCCUGUUCUGACAUCAAUGGAUACAGCAGGACCAACAGUGCAGAACAAAAGGCUCUAACCAGGAAGGUGCCAAGUUAACAGACUGAACUGUCAAACUUGAGUAAAUGCUAAGAGCGGGGUUUGUCACAAUUUGUGCAAAACUGUCAAACUUGUUGGAUAGCAACUCAGGAAAGGUAUAUUACGACUUUGUCGAAUAUGAUAUCGCUUUGCGAAAUUUAUCAGAAUCAGGU